CAUGAGCCGCUGGCGUCUGGGUUUGAGGAAAUACUGUGUCAGUGUGCCUCGCGCUGAGGGGAGGGAGAGCAAACGUCUCCUGCUCUAUGUUUGUCUUCCUCAUUGGCUCGUAACGUGUCCUCGCCGACUGUCCUGCACGUCCAGAUGUCUUAAGUCUCCGCCUUCCCUUGAGAUUCUGCAGACAGCAGGAAAGGUUAUCACCGAGAUGCUGUAGGAAUUCACUGCAACUCUCAACAAGAGAGCAUCAUCUGGUGAUCUUCCUGGAGCAUGAGCAGUGGAGUGAACCUGACGGCGAUGUCUCAGAGCGGCUCUGGUAUUCCUCUGCCGCGGAGCCUGACCAGUCUCUCCAAACAGGACACCAGGGGCUCGAGCGGCGCAUUGCUGGGUCCAGCCGCCCAAAACCAGCUUCCUAGACGGACAUCCAACUUAUCUUCAUCAGCCUCAUCCAUAUCAUCUCUAUCGAUCUCCAAGGAGUUACUCAGAGGGUCCGAAUGGAGAAUGGGAUCUUCUCAGAGAAGCGGCACAAACAGGCCUUCGUUUGCUCCCCGUUCGGCCCACAGCAGCCCACAUGUGUCCAGACGGGAGGCGAUCCCAUUCAAAAACACCCUCCGGAGAGGCUCGCUGCCCCAGGAUGAAUUCAGAGACCUGGAGAGACUCUCCAACAAGAACUGGAGGUCUGGCCGCCAUCACUUCAGGAGUCUAGACAAUGAGGUCGUCGAGCCUUCUCGAGAGCUUCGCAAGCCUACCAACGGGAACGUCAUUUGGGAGACUUCGGCUGUUGUUCAGAGGGACUUCCAGAAGCAGAGGAUGAAAAUGCUGGCUCGCGGUGACGGCAACAGAGGGACGAUUGUGUCUAAAUCCCAUGUGAAUGGCACCAACGCGGGUCCCGCAGGAAGGGAGUCUCCACGCAUGGCGGCCGUGGCACCUUUCAGAUACAGGCUGCAGGUUGCAGAAGAUGCAGAAGCUUCUCUUGAGGAUCUGAGCGAUUGUUCCUCAGACUCUAUGGAAGUGUGCUGUGAGGAUUUAGAUCCCGAAUCUCAAAGGAAACGGACGGUUCAGAAUGUUCUGGAUCUCAGACAGAACCUGGAGGAAACCAUGUCCAGCCUGCGGGGGACUCAGCUCAGCCAGAGCUGUCUGGACAGCAGCGUCUGCUACGACAGCGACGAGACCAACGCUCGCAGCAUCUCCAGCCUCUCCAACCGCUCCUCUCCUCUCUCCUGGCGCCACGGACAGUCCAGUCCUCGCCUGCAGGCCGGCGACGCUCCUUCCUCGACGGGGAGCAGCUACGUGUCGGGCAGCAAGGCCUCGUCUCAGUACACCUCUCACACCAUGCCUGCCCGCUGCUCCAGCCGUCUCAGUCACACGUCACGCAGCGAGUUCAUCGAGAGCCUGGACGCCGCGGACAGCGACCUCAAGUCCGGUUACCUGAGUGAUUCAGACGUCCUUUGCAAGAGCCUUAAUGACGACGACGACGACGACAAUCUGGCCAACGGCUGGGACGAGAGCAGCUCCAUCAGCAGUGGACUGAGCGAUGGUUCUGAUAACCUGAGCUCAGAGGAACUCAACGCCAGCUCGUCUCUCAACUCCCUCCCCACCACACCCGUCGGCUCGCGACGCAACUCCUCCGUCAUGUUGCGGACGGAUGCGGAGAAGCGCUCUCUGGUGGAGAGUGGACUGGCGUGGUACAGCGAGGACAGCAAGUCUUUACGGAAAGCUGAUGGAGUUUAUGACACAGGCAGCCUGAAAUCAGAGCCUUCCAGCAAGUGGAGGAAAACCCGGCUGCCGGACUGUUCUGUGCAGGACAAGACAGGGAAAGGAGAACUGAAGAAACCUCAAAGCCUCGGCCAAUCUGGGAGCUUCAAAAAGGGCCGCAAUCCUCCCGUGGGCGUCACCUCACCCAUCACACACACUUCACAAAGUGUGCUAAAAGUUGCAGUGUCUAAAGGAGACCCUAGGGCAGUUGAUAAGGUGAAAAUGUCCGUCAAGGCGACGGGUCUCCAGCGUUCUCGCUCCGACGCCGGCCGGGACAACGAGCACCGCAAGCCUCCUUCAGGUCUGGUCAAACCCUCGGCCGGAGGCUCGUUCGGUUACAAGAAACCUCUGACGACCGGAACCGCCACCGUCCUGACAGCAGGAGGCGCCACCAUCACCAGCGGCUCGGCCACCGUCGGCAAGACCCCCAAGUCCUCGGGCAUCCCCAUCAAACCCGUCCCAGGCGGAGGAGGCCGCAAAAACAGUCUGGACGCCAGCGGCUCUGAACAGGGUUUCCUGGCCCCCAACGCUCGUGGGAGCAUUCAGUACCGCAGUCUGCCGCGGCCCGCCAAAUCCAGCGCUAUGAGCUUAACCGGUCGCCCUUCCUCUCGCCCUGUCAGCGGCAGCAUCGACGCCGGUCUCCUCACCCUCAAACCCGUACCGCCUCUGGCCAGCACCAUGCCCACCAGGGGAAAAGACGGAGGCAGCUUGAAAGCGUCUAGUCGCCCGAGCACCACCGGACCCGUCAACCAGACGGACCGAGAGAAGGAGAAGGAGAGGGCCAAGGCCAAAGCCGACCUGGAGAUCAGCUGCCUGAAGGCCGAGAGCCAGAGCGACAGCUGCGCGGAGACUGUGGAGAAGAUGCAUCGUGUGCGGAGGACGAGCACGAGCAAAUACCCAGAACUGAGCUCUCCGACCAGCACGCCGAGGUUGUUGAGCACUAAGUCUCUAGUUCAUCCUCCCAGCCUGGCUCUCCUAGACAAGGUCAACUCCAACAGUCUGGACUCCUGUAUCACCAUCCAUGACCUUCCUCCGAAGAUCCCUCCCUACUCCAAGCUGCAGGACCUGGCGGGCUCCCGGGUUCCUCCUCGGCUCACCCCGAGCCCGGCUCCGGUGCUCCACAUCGACUCUCCCAGCUGUUUCUCAGGCCAGACGCUGUCGGUCAGCAGCUCCCCAAUACUCUACCCCAAGAUGUCCGGCCUGCACCGCAGCAUGGAGUCACUGCCGCUUCACAUGAGCGUCCCCGCCAAACCGGACCUGGGAGAGCGGGAUGAAGCCAGGAGCACUGGGACAUGGGGCGCUGGCAGCCGGACGUCCAUCACUUUGGGCGACAGUUUACAAACUGAUAGGAACACCUUUCCCAAGAAAGGAUUGAGUCGCUACGGCAGCGGCCAGUCGGAGGGAGAAGUGAGGGAGCGCCGUCAUUCCCACACGAUCACGAGCAUGACGGACUCCGAGAGCCCCCCGCAGCUGCCCUCGCCGACGCACGUCACGCAGCCCUUCCUGGGAAAAACGCCGCCGACCAACGUGGUGGCGCCGAUCCCGAGCUCGGGCUCCGGGUCCCAGAUCACACGCUCCAACAGCAUCCCGGCCAACGACGUGGGCUACGAGAUGUACGGCACGUCUCCUCUGGGCAGCUCUCUGUCUCUGGCCGACCGACCGAAGAGCAUGAUGAGAUCCGGAUCCUUCAGAGAGCCUGCUGAAGAUGUUCACGGAUCUGUGCUGUCUCUGGCCUCAAAUGCCUCGUCCAACUACUCGUCGACUGAAGAGAGAAUGCAAGGAGAGCAAAUCCGGAUUCUGAGGCGCGAGCUGGAGUCGUCUCAGGAUAAAGUGACCAGUCUGACCAACCAGCUCUCAGCAAACGCAGGCCAGGCAAACCUGGUGGCGGCGUUUGAGCAGAGUCUGGCUCUCAUGACGGCACGACUGCAGAGUCUCUCAGUCACUUCUGAGCAGAAGGAUUCUGAGCUACAGGACCUGAGGGAUACCAUCGAAGUCCUGAAGUCCAAGAACACAGAAGCCCAGUCACUCAUUCAAGGGGCCCUCAAUGUCCCCGAAAUCCCACCCAAAGAGCUGCAGAUCGACCGGCAGAACUCGUCAGAGAGCAUCUCCAGUCUGAACAGCAUCACCAGUCACUCCAGCGCGGGCAGCCUGAAGGAACAAGAGGCCAAGAAGAAGAAGAAGAAGAGCUGGGUCUACGAGCUGAGGAGCUCCUUCAACAAGGCCUUCAGUAAAAAGGGACCCAAAGCGCCAUACGCAGAUAUAGAGGAGAUCGCAACGCCCGUCACAUCCGCCCCGUCUUCACCCAAAAUCCAGCAUAAUAUUGAUAACUCCUCCGCAAAGGCCUCGACUUCAACAUCAGGAUCGUGCGAGGGCUGCGAGGAACCCGAGCAAGAAGAGAAGGUGGUGUCAGAGUUACGCUCAGAACUGUGGGAGAAGGAGCGCAAGCUGACCGACAUCCGUUUAGAGGCGCUGACCUCUGCCCAUCAACUGGAGCAGCUGCAGGAGGCCAUGACCAACAUGCAGGUAACGGUGGAAAACCUGAAGGCGGAGAACGAUCAGCUGAAGACGGGUGGCCCCUCCUCCAGACCUCCGAGCUCCACCUCCCAGUCCUCUGGGCUCGGUUCAUUGGGCGUCUCAUCACCGCGGCAAUCGGUGUCGUCUUUCGGCAAAACCGGCAUGGGACAAAACGAGCCUUACCCAGAUGUCUUUCAGAGCCCCACCACCACUUUGCAGAAGGACGAAAGUCUCGUCAGAGUUUUGGUUCGCAUACCCAAUCAGCACCUAUUCAAAGACGAGGUGAAACAGCUGGAGUUCUUCAUCGGCGCGGUUAAAAUCAGCGGACGGACCGACUGGUUUUCUCUGGACUCCGCGGUUAUCCAGGCUUUUAAAGAGUAUUUAGCCGUGGUGGACCCCGGCUCCAGCCUGGCUCUCUCUCAGGACUCCAUCUACAGCUACAGCCUCAGCCAUCUGAAGAGGGUCCUGGGAGCGCAGCCGCCCGAGACGCCCCCUGUGCGCCUCUACAGCAAGGGCUCCUCCUGCAUCAGCGUGACUCUGAAAGGCCUGAAGGAGAAGUGUGUGGACGUCCUGGUGUUUGAGACGCUCAUCCCCAAGCCCAUGAUGCAGCAUUACAUCAGUCUGCUGCUCAAACACCGGCGCUUGAUCUUAUCGGGCCCCAGCGGCACAGGAAAGACCUACCUCACCUACCGCCUCGCCGAGUACCUGGUGGAGCGCAGCGCUCGAGAGGUCACCCCCGCCAUCACCACCACCUUCAACAUGCACCGCCAGUCCUGCAAGGACCUUCAGCUCUACCUGUCCAAUCUGGCCAAUCAGAUCGACCGUGAGAGCAGCACGGCCGAGAUCCCACUGGUCGUCAUCUUGGAUGACGUGCACGAUGCAACAUCCCUCAGUGAACUUGUUAAUGGUGCUUUAACCUGUAAAUAUCAUAAAUGUCCAUAUAUAAUAGGGACAACCAAUCAGCCGGUGAAGAUGACCCCUAACCAUGGCCUGCACCUCAGCUUCAGGAUGGUGACGUUUUCCAAUAACGUCGAGCCAGCGAACGGAUUCCUAGUACGUUACCUGCACAGGAAGCUAAUGGAGGCUGAAGAUCCCAGGAGCGUGAAGAAUGAAGAUCUUCUGCGGGUCCUGGACUGGGUGCCCAGACUCUGGUACCACCUCCACACCUUCCUGGAGAAACACAGCACCUCCGAUUUCCUCAUUGGUCCCUGCUUCUUCUUGUCCUGUCCAGUUACAGUAGAGGAAUUCCGCACGUGGUUUAUCGAUCUUUGGAAUCACUCGAUCAUCCCAUACCUGCAGGAAGGAGCCAAAGAUGGCAUUAAGGUUCACGGGCAGAAGUCGGUGUGGGAGGAUCCGGUGGAGUGGGUCAGAGGAUCUCUGCCCUGGCCGUCUGCUCAGCAGGACCAGGCCAAACUAUUCCACCUGCCUCCCCCGAGCACAGGCCCCGGCAGCCCCAGCCAGCCAGGAGACGAUCGGCCCCAUAAAGAGACGCCACCCAGCUCCGUCGAGUCAGAUCCACUGAUGGCUAUGCUGUUAAAACUACAAGAGGCUGCCAAUUACAUCGAGUCACCGGAGAAAGAAACAGAUCCAAAACUCCCUCCUCUCUGAACAUCUCCUCCAUCUCUCCUGCCGCCCAUGUCGAGGUCCAAACAGCUGCCCCACACCUGAAGAUGACACUGUACUGUUAUAAAUGCUGUUAGUGCAUUUCACCCACUCGCUUGUUAUAUUAUCCAUCCCACCUUUUUCAUUUCAACCCAAUGUCCCUUACAGAAAAGUACUGUGGUUGCACCAUGGUUGAGUGACGUUAUCAGAGGUAAUACCGUGGUACUUUCUCAUAUGGGUGAUGGACUUGUUCUGCAGUGCGACAUGCUAUACGACCAUUUUAAACAGCAUUUUGCUUUUUAAAAGUUAUUAUGCAUGCAGCAUGCAUAAUAAAGAGCUAUGAAUCGUAAGACUACAUGGAGCAUUUGUAUUUUUUAAAAAUGGAUUUGUUGCAUCUCAGGACCUUUAAAAUGAACUAGUGACGGCAAAAAUAGUGGUUAAAAUGACCCAUUAUAGCACUUAAAUCUACACUUUUCUGUAUGCGUUCAUUGAUUUAAACCUUUGCGAAACUGUGUAAAUAUCGGUAGUGAUCCAUUAAACUCCAUAUAUCACGGUGCUGAGUAAAUAACAUGGUAUUAUCGUGUUAGUGACCAAACCAUGGUAAUAUCACACACCACAUUCAUCCAUGGUAAUUGUACUUUUAUGUAAGGGCUUGCAAAAACAAUAUUUUGUCAUGAAAUGUAACUCUAUCUCUUUUUACUUCUAUCUGCGUAUUUCUGUUGACGGACGCUUUAGUACGUAUGUGAUUCUCUUUGCGGGAACCUUUACUGUUCCACUGCUGCCCGUAUUAACAACAACUCAACGAUACAGGUGCUAAAAUCGCUCGUGUGACUUCAUCUCGUGGUGAUGAAUAAGAGCCAACAUGGGAGAUAUUGGGAUAUAUUACUUAAUUAUGUAACACUUUUACAGGCCACUUUAGCCUGUGCUGCUUUUUCUACGUUUCAUUUAUUUCACAUUUGAAUAUGGCCACAGCAUAAGCUAGUUUAACCCCAGAAAGACUUAUGCAGACUGCAUUACACCUUCUUCCUCUUUCUAACACAGUGAAUGCCUUACAACAGAUUCUAAGUGUGCUAUCACGUUUCCUUUUUCACUCUGUAGGGGGCGGGGUUAGGCAGAGUUCAGAAAUGAACUUUCGCGAAAUUCGGAAAACCAACGGGACGUUCAGACAACAGCUGGAUGGCGUUUCAAGCUUAAAACCGAAAUGUAGUAUUAAACACGCAGUCUUUGAAUUUACGUUUCCAUCCCGUUUUAGUUCCAGUUCCCGAAACUUAAAUCGAAAGCAUCCGUUCCCUCAAAAGUUCCCACAGUGCACAAAAGCACCUCGGUAACACCCUGUAAAGAUAACUUGCUUUCAGAGCGACGACUUUUUUUGUGCACUUUGAUUUACUGCAAUGAUACUGUAGAGACGUUUCACUUGGCUUCGACGCUGAUCUCAGCUCAGGGGUUUGGUUAUCUCAGGCCUCUAAUUAGAUUCAAUACAGCUACUUUCUCAGUUACUGCUCUCUUUGUAGCAAAUGGUGCAAAUGUAGAAAACCAAAUACUUAGUGCUUUAUUCAGUAUGAGCCUUUUAUUUGAAAUACUAGAGAUGAUCGCCCCGAUAAAGUGCGCACGGAUGCGAAGACGAAGACUAUCUUUGAUUAUCUGGUGCUAUACUCUAUCACUAUUGGAAAACAUGACUUGGUUUAGCAAAAAUCGCACUUGACAUCCAAUAGCCUUAGUCUUGUGGCAUUUAAGGGCAUCUUUAGGUACAACCAAGUGAUCAUUUUCUUUCUACGUUCCUUUUAGUCGUAGUUUUAGAACUUGUAAGCGUUACGUUUCUUUUAAACAUCGCCACCACGAAAUCACUGUCACGGUAAAUCAACCUCCUUUUCAAUGGUAGUCUGAAAACAUAUCAAACCGCGCAGCAUUUCUCCGAGGCCUGCGAUUAAUAUCAAACUCGGCAAUUCUCUUGAGCACUAAGUAGUGUACACUACAUCCACACACGCUCACACAGAAGAGGAUUCGCUCGCAGAAAGCAGUGGUGGACCAGUAAUUUCCCAUCUCUGUACCUGAAACUAGCAUACAAACACGCAUGUAAGUGAGAUCUGGGCUAUUAUAGAGAAAAAAAUCGAACUCAAACCAUUCCAUUCCUUUCUACUCAUCUGUACUGCAUUAUCAUUAGUGUAAAUAUGAUUUUCGUAGUUCCUUUUCCAAGAAAUGAAGGUUUGUGGAGUUAAUUAGCCAAAUAGAGAGACACGUAAUGUUCAAGAUGGCAAAAAGACUUUGUUUCUUCAGCCUCCUUCAGUUGCGCCGCUGCUGCUGCUGCUGCUUCAAGUCUAAUAUGUGACAUUUAUAUUUGAUUACAUUCCAGACAUAAGACAGUGUGUCAACGGCUUUUGCUGCUUAUCUGCUGAAGGUCCUAGUUGGCCAUUUGCGGUUUCAUUUCAUAUCAAUAAAUGCUACCGCAAACAAACUAUUACAUUUCACAACCGCAGCACGUCGGUGAGUUACCACUGAUAUUGAAUCCGGAUCAGCGAAUAAAGCUCGUCAUUGACGGAACAAAUCUCAUUGGGGUUUCACGCAAGCGUUUUCGUUGUCAGCAGCUAUUCUUUGUUUUAAAAAGACGAUUAUUAGUGCGACUAAAGCCGCUGAACACUGUCUGCAUCAUGUUCCUGGUUAUUGUGCCUGUGACCGUGUGAUAGCUGUGCCGUGUUGUGCAAAGUCCCAUUUAAUGCGACAAUUCAGCAACUUUUUACCGUCUACUUUGUCUGUUGACAGCUCACGGAUGGUGACUGGUAAAACUGGAUUUUUUACAUCGAUUUCACUGUCUGUCGCUCAAAAGCUUUGGUUCGUGUCUGCUUCCGUUGCUGUUUUAAUGCACCUUUUUAUGUGGACUACGUUGUUGCAAUAAUUCGUCGCGUGCGUUAAACAGAGUCAGGAACUCGAGACUUUGGAUGAUUGUAUGCCUUGAUGGCGCUGUCUCGGGGUCGGGGUCAAGUCUGGGCUUGUGAAUGAGAACCGACGGAUCUUUAAUAUCAGGUGGCGUGGUUUUGUGUGAAGUGUUUCGAAGACGGCCGAGGAAAAACGCAAAGAUAUUAUUAGGGAUACAAAGUGGUGAGAAGUUGCUGAAUAGUCCCUUCACUUCAUGCAAUGCUUGAUAUUGAUUCAAAAGUCCAGUGCUAUUGCAUAAAAGGUCAUAUGAUGGUAGAAGAUGUAAGUUACAAUGUGCAAUGGGUUUCUAAAUGUUGUAAACGCAUGUCACCUUAGUGUGAAGCAGAAUUACGGAUGUGUUCUACCUAAUUUGGGGUCGUAUAAAAGGAAUGAUAUUGCUUUCUUUUUACUGUAACGUUCCCCCAAAUGAUUGUUUGUACGACUUCAGUUCCAUUUUGUACAGAACGUUAUAAAUGUAAACAUUGUACAUAGCGUGGCCCUGCAUUUGCAACAACAAUCAUUUAAGAAAAAAAACGUAAUGUCAUUAAGAAAUGUGGUUUGCAAGGAAGACUCGUGCUUUUGUUACCGAUGGAGCGGCCCAGUACGCCAAAACUGGCAUGCUUCGGAUGUUCGUAAUAUGACCACCAAGACGUUGUCCAUCUGUCAUAAUAAAACCACAAUGUUCGUUAA